AUUGAAAAAGGGAGGAGAAAAAAAGGAAGCGAGAAGGGCCUUCCACCAAGAAUGCAACCGCUGCGGUUAGGCUUUAGAAAACGAAGGGGGCAAGAUGGACAGAUAGUCAGACAGACAGAAACAUAACAGAAAAUAUAAACAUAAACAUAAACAUAAACAGAGACCCAGAUGGGACAAAGAGCACCACCAGUACUGGACGUAGCCGGUGCGUGGCGGGACCCAUGAUCGUAGAGCUGUUACUCCCUCACCCUUACCCUGUCCCUGUCCCUCUCCCUCUUGUUGAAGCCUAGAGUAGAAUGGUGGGAACGCAACUAGUGCUUGCAGUUGGAGAUGUCCGUAGGUGAGGGAGAUUGCUUACCGAACACCAGUGGGGAGUGGAGUGGAGUGGAGCGGGGGCAUCCUCAUCUACAUCAUAUGAAUAUGAUUAAGGGCUGAGGGCUGAACGCUGAGGCCUGGAUCGGAUGAUUUCACGCUGUCUGUUGGUUCCAUUUUGAUACAUCUGCGCUGUCAAAACAUCAGCUUACCAGCUCUUAGUAGCAUUUCGCGUUUCUUUCCUAUCAAGUUCAAUGGGCUCAAGGUUCCCUUCACAUCAGCUCAGCAAUGGGCUGUAUGUUUCAGGGCGACCUGAGCAAUACAAGGAGAGGCAACCUACUAUGACUUCUACAGCCAUGCCUUACACUGGAGGUGAUAUUAAGAAGUCUGGGGAGCUGGGAAAAAUGUUUGAUAUUCCCGUGGAUCCUUCAAAAUUGAAGAAAUCUGGACCUGUCACAAGUGCCCCUGGGAGAGCCACAUCAUUUGGGGGAGUUGCAUCACAUUCGGGGCCUCUCCCACACAAUGUUGCUCGAGCCGGAUUUCCAAAGUCGGGACCUAUAUCAUCAUCUGCUGUUCCAGGAACGGGUUCAACUAGGCAGAAAUCUAAUUCAGGGCCACUAAAUAAAAAUGGCGAUCCUGUUAGGAAAACCUCUGGUCCUCUUUCUGGGGGUGUCACUCCACUUGUCCGUCAAACUUCUGGGCCCCUUCCCCCUUCACUUCCUGCAACUGGUCUCAUUACUUCUGGGCCCAUUUCUUCAGGCCCCCUAAAUUCAUCCGGUGCACCAAGAAAAGUUUCUGGCCCUUUGGAUACUCAUGCAUCUGGUAAGCUCCAUAGUGUGUCUAUGGGAAAUAAUCAAUUUGUCACCAAUCUGAGCCAUGAUGAUGUGUACUCCUUCAAGAGAAGCUUCCCUAAAGUGAUCCUUUGGACUGUUAUUCCACUCUUUAUAAUGGGCUUUGUUGCUGGGGGGUUUAUUCUGGCAGCUGUUCAGAAUGCCAUUUUACUCAUCGUUGUUGUUGUUAUCUUUUGUGCUGUUACACUUCUUCUGAUAUGGAAUACCUGGUGGGGAAAGAGGGCAGUUACAGGUUUCAUGUCGGGAUAUCCAGAUGCGGAACUUAGGAAUGCAAAAGAUGGACAGUAUGUCAAGGUUUCUGGGGUUGUCACAUGUGGAAGUAUUCCACUCGAGUCUUCAUUUCAAAAAGUUUCUCGAUGUGUAUAUACAUCUAGUGGUCUCUAUGAGUACAGAGGAUGGUCUUCAAAGCCCGCACAUGCUAAACACCGAUCGUUUACUUGGGGACUUAGAUAUUUAGAGAGACAUGUAGUGGAUUUCUACAUUUCAGACUUCCAGUCUGGCUUAAGAGCAUUGGUAAAAGCUGGCUAUGGCGCAAAAGUUACACCAUAUGUGGAAGAAAGUACGGCCAUUGAAAUUAACAAAAGUAGCAGAGAUCUUCCCUCAAACUUUAUACGGUGGCUUGGUGAAAGAAAUCUAUCAAGUGAUGAUCGAGUAAUGCGUUUGAAAGAAGGUUAUAUCAAAGAAGGGAGUACUGUGAGUGUAAUGGGAGUUGUUCAAAGAAAUGAUAAUGUCCUUAUGAUUGUUCCUCCUCCAGAGCCAGUAUCUACCGGAUGUCAAUGGGGAAAAUUCCUCCUUCCUGCUAGUUUAGAAGGACUUGUCAUAAGAUGUGAAGACAGUUCAAAGGUUGAUGCUAUACCUGUGUAGCACAUGAAGCUACUGUCCUUGGCUUCGAGGUUGAAUCUUUAUGGUUAGGAGUUGAUUGGCUCUAUUUUAUUCUUUCUGUACUUAAGGGCAUUGCUUCUUCUGGAAAAGAGAAUUUUUUGGUCAUGUUGUGAUAUCAGGGCAGGUAUUGAGAAGCUUGGACAUUGAGCAGGUGGAGAAUAUUUUUAUGUUAGAAAUAACAUAGCAGCUGGCCAAAGUUUUGUUGGUUUACUGUUUUGAAGAUUCACUUUGUAACAAAGUAUGCCUAGAGCACAUGAUUGAGGGAUUAACCAAUUGGCAGUGGUAAAAGUUGGUGCACCAACGUAUUAUACAAAGAUGAGGUCUGCUCAGCUGAAGGUGAUGAAUAGCAGUGAAGCUCAUAAAGUACAUUGAUCAUCUAUUGGAUCAAGUGUUCAUUUGCCCUAGGAAAAAAAGGUCGACGUGAUCUCUUCAAGCUUCUCUUAGUGCAUUUAAUUGCAAUUUGUUUUUAUAUUUUUUUUCUAUAAACUUGACUGCUUUAUGUGCAAGAGUAGCUGGGCUUACAGCGGCUUUAGGAUUAUUGCAAAAGCAGUCCGUUAUAGAUUGUGAUCAAUGUACACAUAUAUAGGCAAGGUCAAGCAUAGGGUGAGGUGUCAAUUUUGUAUGAUAUGUCUACUUUCCAAAUGAUAGUUACAUAAUCGUAGCAUGCUUGUCAAGAUAUUCAUAUUUUUUCA